AUCAAAGACCCAUUUUUCUUUGGUCACAUCCAAGAUCUCUCUCUAUAGUUUUUGAACAACCGUUUCUUCAACGUCCUCAAGAAUUCUAUGUUAUCCAUGAACCAAUUAAUUUAAUUAGUUAUGCUUAUGUGACUAAAAACUUUGAUUUUUUGAAUCAAAUUCUGUUACCUAAAUCUACUAAUCCGAUCACUUUUGUACAUCAUUUCUCACUUACUCUUAAUGAAAUUCUUGCCCCUCAUUACUAUAAUGAUGAUAAAACAUAUACCUUAAGAGUUUUUGCGAAGGAUCAUGUAUCCAAUUUUUUAUAUGGAAAGCUAGAAGGAAAUCCAUUAGAAUCUAAAGAAAUUCUUUCAAAAUUUAAACAUACAUUCAUAAUUAGAAAUCCAGAAAAAUCUGUAAAGUCUUUUUAUAAAGCUGUGAAUUUUACGUAUGAAGCUUGA